GCGCAAUGUUUCGUCGACUCGAUCGCUUCCGGUCUCAGCGUCUGAAGAGAGGGGCCCUAUGUCGAAUCCCUCCACUCCUUAUAUCUCUUCCGCGACGAGGAAGACUCACAAAAUUACGAGAUGCUUGUACCCAUCGUCAUGAAUGACCCACGGGCCGGUGAUUCUACCCACAUGCCUUUCGAUUCCCUACCUACAUCGCCCAUGACCGAGGAUGAGGCCAGUUCGUUCUCCUUCGCCCACUCACCCGAGUUAACCCAUUCGGCGCCCGUGCAUGCGCCUUCUUAUGCUGACCUGAUCGAACGAAAACUUACCAUCCGCGUCCCGGCCGAAUACUUGCCACUCUCCCCACCUCCGUCCGCUGAGCUUCCCGCUGUCCCGCGUGGCGUUCCACCAGCCGUAGCAACCGCGGCUUCCAUGAGCGCGUCGCACCCCCAUCCCGGAACGACCUCCCCGAAACGGCAUUCCCUGACACCCGGCGUGCAGUCACUCAUCCAGCGGCGACGGGAAUCGGCACCUGUGCAUUUAUUGUCUGCGUCCUGGGUCAAUGGCGCCGGAUCCGGGCUUGCGCCAUCAGCGACGAGUCAGGCAAUCACCGUGAUGCCGACCAACCUCGAAUUGCAAACAGCGGACCAACAGGCUACGCCAGUAUCGCAUCCGCUGCAGUUCCAGCAGCAGGUGCCAUCGGAGCCAGCAUUGGAAGUCGAGCCCCCUGCUGCUAUCAUACCGGAAGAGGAAGACGAUCCCGCAGACAGAACUGAUUCGGGAUAUGCGAGCGGAGAGACGAGAGCUGUCAACACCGCUGCUUCAGCUGGCCUCCCCCCUCCUCCAUUACCAUCCUCGAAUCCCACGAGCAGUGCCAUCCAUCUUCCCACCGCCGCAGCCCACCAAGCACUAUCUCACGACAUCUUGCUCCCUGAAUCGCCCCGUCAUGCUCCAACGGCCCCGGAUGUUCAGUCUCCAACUCAGAAGCACUUCCACGAGCUCAAUCGACCCCGCCGGAAGUCGAAUGCUGGGCAGCACACCCCAAACGACCUUCUGGCGCCGCCACCGAUGCCCUGCCAGAAGUUGCGUAAGUCGCCUUCGAUCCAGGGCUCGCCGGUGAACGUCUCGGUUAUCGACUUUGAGAGCACCGACGAGGAGGAGAUGGGAGGGGAGGAAGAAAAGAGUAAGGAUAAGGAGGAGGAUGUAGAUGAGGACGUAGAUGAAGACGAGGACGACGAGGACGACAACCACCAAUUGGAGUUCCGUCGCGGACAACAGGAUGGACGCUUUGCUUCGGAAGAAUCGGACCGCGAUCUGACUCGCUGGGCGCCGGAACCCGACGUCCCGCUAUUGCCCCUUGGCCAGCCCCAGUUCCCCAAUCAGCAGCACCCGGGAUCGUCGCCUUCGCACACGUCGCUCGCCACAUCCGCCUCCGCAAGGAGCGGGGAUCCAAAUUACACUUCGCGGCGGCAGCAGAUGAAGCACCACACACUGCUCGGUCUGUCGUCGAUGCCGACCGAGCUGAUCGAGCGAGACGUCGACUAUAGUAUGCGCGCGCUGAUGGACCGGGAGAUGUUUGCACGGAUUCUCAAAGAUCCUCUAGCGAGACAGCGGUAUCGCGAGUUCCUGGCUGCUGCGGAUGGGCCCUCGGGCACGGCGGAACUGGAUUUCUGGACGGAUUCGAGUUAUCUAGUGCAGAACAUGGACAAGCUAUAUGCGGAUGGCGCCGCAUUCAAGGAGUUGUACUUGUCGAAUCUGAGCGAAAGUCAGGUCAAUCUGAACCCCGAGUCGAGACGGGAGCUGCUCUCGGCGCUGCAGCGCGUCAGUGCGGUGAACGUAUCCCUCGCUAGCUCUCAGGCUGAGAUACUCGAGAGUUUAUAUCAGGAUGGUUUCCAGCGAUAUGUGAAGCACCAGAUUAUCCAGGAAACUCAUGUCACGCUUGGGAAAGCCAACCUGGCCUCCAGUGAUAGUGAAGGGCUGGGCGAUACGUUUGUACUCACAAAUCCCCGACUGCCCGACCAUCCUAUCGUGCUAGUUUCGGACGGAUUUAUGGCCAUCACCGGGUACUCAAAAGCACAGAUCAUCGGCAGAAAUUGCCGCUUCCUGCAGGGUCCUGGGACGGCGCCAGCAAGUGUGCAGAGGAUCCGGAAUGGGCUGAAUAACGGAACGGGAUGCUCAGAGCUGUUGCUCAACUACCGGCGAAACGGGGAGCCGUUCUAUUGUCUGUUGUGCAUCAUCCCGGUCCGGGACAUUCAAGGGUCAAUCAUCUACUUUAUAGGCGGACAGACGAAUGUGACUGGUUUGCUCGCCAACGAGCGCGGUCUGGGGCUGCAGACGACGACAGACUCGCAGAGCCAGACCCCGAUCGAGAUGUCGCCGAAUCUGGCCUCCUUCCGAGAUUAUGGCGUGGUGGCGAGCAGUCCUACCUCUCAGCAUGCGGCUGCUGGGUCCGUCGCCACGACGGCGAACAAGCCCGGGACUGCUGGCUUCUUCAAAGGGUUGUUUGGACACAGUCACCGUGCUGCGGCCGGGAAGAGCGUGAUUGCCGGCGCAGAGGCCACGCUGAAUGGGCCCGGUGUCCACGGCCUGCAUGACCAGUAUGCUAUCUUCCAGAACACGUACAACAAGGUCAUGAUCGUCAAGCUCAAGAAGCGGGAGGUGAUCUUCGUGUCGCCCCAGAUGUUGUCAUUCCUGGGACUUCCGAGUCGGUCACCACGAGAUGUGAAUUCAUCACCGCUAAUUCGGGCAGAUGUGGCUUCGCUCAUUACCGCCGGCGAAGACAGGAAUGAGACGCGGCAUAUGCGCGAAGACGUGAAAGACGCGAUUCGGCGGGGUGUUCCCUUAUCCUUGCGUUGCGCUAUCAAAGUGCCAAACAAGGGAUUGCUACCACGCUCAACAGACAUCAGUCGCCACAAGUUUGGGAUGAUGCAUAUGACGCCGAUUAAAGAUGCAGAUAACUCGGCUGUAGCCUUUGUUGUGAUCUUUGGUUGA